AUGAAUUCUGAAGUUGUGAAGCAACAACCGCCAGAAAUACCACAUAUCACAACUAAUAUAAUAUCUCUUUCAGAUAUAUUACGGAAGAUAUCAGAGUUCUCAUUUGCUGAAUUAUCACAUGUUACACAGGCCCAACCUUCAAAUGAAGCCAAAAAGAAAAAGUUAUUAGAACUAAUUGUUUAUCUACGGCAAGAAUAUGUUCGGUUAUAUGUGUUGACAAAAUGGUCAAAAGUUUCAGCUCAAGAUUUUAACAAAUUGAUUGAUCUGUUGGCAUGGUUAAGAGAACAAGCAAAUUAUUUCAUCAACCUGAUAUGGGCUACUAAAUCAAUAAAUCAAAGUUUACUCAGUGCUAAACUUCCAAAUCCCGAUCUUAUAACAGCGCUUGAAGUUUUCACGGAAGGGAGACCAACAUUACCAUCACAUAAUCUAAUUGAAUCAAAGUUAUCACCUACAAAGAUUUUAGAAACUUUGAAAGAUCUGAAUGUAACUUUAUCAAUGAAAUUUGCUCUUGUGGAAGAUAUACCUGAUGAGUUUUUGAAUUAUGAAAUUAAAGACGGUAGAAUUUUCAUUUACACAGAGGAUUAUGAAUUUCAAGUAUCAGUGAUAGAUGAGAAUUCGCCAUUCUUCAUGAUUAACUUCAAAUUUAAUUUUGGUGACUUUGAGAACAGUCGAAAAAUACUCAGAAUCUCGAAUGAUGCCUUAAAGAUUGGUGGAUUUAUGGAACUAAACAAAAUUUUAACAAACUAUACCAACACCAUGAAAUUAUAUAUGAUUCAUGUUAAAUUGAAUGGAAUGAAAAAUAUUAAACAUAUAUAUCAUGCAGAUAGCUUCAGAAUUGUCAUAAAUUAUUGGAUCCAUAGUUAUGUUUUCAAAAACUCAUAUAUUGAAAUUGGCUUAAAUAAAGAUAACAAGAUCAUUUAUAGAUGGUUCAAGCAAAACGAGUUUGCAGAGACAUUCCAUGAUAUUGGAUAUAUUGAGGAUUUUUUGAAUGAAAUUUAUUACAAACAUGCCAUCUCAAUUCUGGAUCAAAUUGAAGAUCUGACAGUUAAUAAAUCAGUAUUACAAAUUAAUAGAAAGACUGGUCUUUUCUAUUUCAAGAACUCCACACCUUUGAGUAAUAGUUUUUUGAAAAAAUUGAACUCUGAUGAUUUCAAGAAUAUCAAUACAAACUUGAAAUUUCUAAGAAUGGAUCACAAGUUCAUGGAAGUUUCGACUAUCUUAUCAGUGACUUCUUGGAUUCAAAACGAUAUUAUUAAAUUAUCGCCACAAGAGUUAUCAAAAAUAUCGGAGCAUCAACAACUCGGUACUGGAUCUGAAUCAAUUCCUUAUUUAAUGAAGAACGUAAAGUUUUAUACAAGGAAAGAAUGGCCAUCAAAUUGGUUUUUGAUAUUACUGAUUGAUACUAAAAUCAAAUCAUUUAUAGGGAAUAUCAAGUCCAUCACUGGACAAUGGACCAUAAAUACAUUACAAGAACUUAACAUUGAAUCAUUUGACUAUAAAACAUCAAAAGGUUUAGUUGAUUAUAUAACAAAAUCCAUUAUCAUUCAACUUAUUACAAAUGAAUUGGGUAACUCUAUUUAUAAGGUUGUUAAAGGGAAUGCAUUGGUUAUACAAACUGACUCAUUUAUAUCCAUACCAGAUACUGCAAAUGUAUUAUAUCUCUCAUUUGAACUAGAUCCAAAUAAAAAGGAUAUGUUGUUGAAAUUGAAAGGUAGACUCAAAAGUAAUAUUACAUUAGAAGAUUUUGCUAUUGAUAAAGAUGGAGUAUUUGAAAUUUUUGAAACUGUUGAAUAUAAAAGACUUUCAAUAUUGGGUAAUAUAAUUGCUAAAUUAGAAAAAUUAGCUAAAGUUAUAGGAUUAAUAAAAUUCCUGAAAUUGGAAAGUUUGAACCUACUGAAAGUUAAAUUAGAUGAAGUUGUUUUCAAGUAUGGCUCACAAAUAUGUACAUUGAAAGAUGGGUUUAAUAUUGAACUACCAGCAACUAACCCUCACAAUAUUUGUUUGGGCUCUAUAAAAAGAUACCUGAAUAGUAGAGGGAUUGGUAAACUGUUUAAAUAUUUACAAGAUUCAAAUAUUCUUGUUGAAAAAUUAAAUGAACUUGCUAAAGCAUCAAAAACUGAUACUACAUAUGAUCCAUCCAAGUUAAGAUAUCAAGUCAUUCCAAAAAACUUAAAUUUUUUCACCGUCUUGUAUUAUAAUAAUUCAAAACCUGAACGUCAAGUACUGGAGUUGAAUAUUGAAAUGAAGAAUAAGAAUGGUAACAAUUAUUAUUAUAUUAGUUUUGAUAGAGAUACUGAUGCCGAAUUAAAAGUUGAUUUUACAAACAAGGGACAAUUAGCCAAACUAGCAAAUGGUCAAAAUAAACUGUUAUUGUUGCAAAAUGGUAUUCUGUGUGAUGAAGAAGGAUUGAAUAAGAUCUUAGGUUAUUUCCAUGAGAAGAUUAUUAAUAAGAAGUCCGCCAUUUUCGGAAGACACGAAGACGUGAAGCGCAACGUUUUGGAAUUGACUGAUAUCAAAGAUCAAAUACUUUUACAAAGAGUUGAUUCAAUUAUAAUAAACAAGUCAAUUUUCACAAUGCCAGUUGAAGAUAACGAUGGACAAAUCGUCCUUACACACCCUUCAGAUCCAUCAACUCAAGUUUCAAUCUUAAAUUUUGGUGCUAAUGUCCUUUCAUGGAAAAUUAAAGGUGAAGAACAAUUAUGGUUAUCAGAAGGUGCAAAAUUAGAUGGUUCAAAAGCUGUUCGUGGUGGUAUUCCAUUAGUUUUCCCUGUAUUUGGUAAAAAAGAUGAAGGUCCAACUGCAAAUUUACCACAACAUGGAUUUGCACGUAAUUCAACUUGGGAAUUUUUAGGUCAAACAAAAGAAAAUCCACCAACUGUUCAAUUUGGAUUAGGUCCUGAAAAUGUUGAUGAAGAAUUAUUAAGUAAAUGGCCAAAUAAUGAUUUUACUUUAAUUUAUACAAUUGAAUUAACUGAAGAAUCAUUGAAAACUUCAAUUGAAGUUACAAAUAAUGAUCAACAUCCAUGGGAAUUCAAUUGGUUAUUCCAUACAUAUUUAAAAAUUAAUGAUAUUGAAGAUGUUUUAGUUUCAAAUUUCCCAGGUGAAUUAUGUUAUGAUCAAUUAUUAAAACAAAGUUAUGAAGAAAAAUUACCAGUUGUAAACUUUAAUGAAGAAGUUGAUAGAAUUUAUCAAAAAGUUCCAGAAGAUAAAAUUACUCAAGUUGUUGCACUUGGUUAUCCAGUUCAUACUUUGAAAAGAUCAGGUUUACCAGAUAUUGUUGUUUGGAAUCCAUGGAUUAAUAAAUCUGAAAGUAUUGGUGAUUUCUUACCUAAAUCAGGUUAUAAAAAUAUGGUUUGUAUUGAGCCUGGUUAUGUUCAUGAAUUUAAAACUUUACAACCUGGUGAAACUUGGAAUGCUUCACAAUUAUUAUAUAAAGAUGAGUUAAAAUUUCAAGCGGUUUGA